UUCAAUACAAUCGGUUCUAAGUGACGUACACUCCUGGUUUACAGUAAAAAGGAUUAAAACGGUAAACCCAGCAAACAUAAGAAUAACAUCGCAGCACGCCAAAGAGCUGAAAGUCCCCACAUUGAUGCAGUCAUCUUAGCUCAAGGCAGGAGAGGCCCCAACCACAUCACGGUCUCUUCUGGGAGAGCCAGGUCUUCAGGACUCUCCUAAACCUCAACGGAGGUGGUGCUAGUCUGAGUUUGGGAGGCUUCGGCUCAGAAGGAGCAGGCCAGCCAUGGGGAAAAUCCUGUCCUGGGAUUUGGAGCUGGGCCUUGAAGGGAAUCCUUCCCGAAUACUCAGCUGGAUAGGCAGGUGUUACCUGCCAUUCGGGGGUCUCCAGGAUAAGCAAGUCCUGAGCUGUGUGGGUCUUUCAAACCACAAACGGCCUCUGGAAUUGCACCUAAAACCAGCUAGUGACCAGUGCAACGGUUGCAGUACGGAACGUGGCCUGCCUGGCCAAGCGAAGAGAAGGCCAGGGGUGGCGUGAAAGCAGCGUUCCAUGUUUGAGGGGCUGCCACAAGAAGAGGGGGACAACCUUUUCUCCAAAGCACCAGCGGGCAGGGCAAGGAAUAAUGGAUGGAAGAUCAUUGACGAACGAUCCAGCCUGGAACUAAGGAGAAAUUUCCUCACAGGGAGAACAAUGAAUCAGUGGAAUGGCUUACUAAAAAAUACAGUAGCUUUUUUCAGCUAUUUAGCCACUUUUGGGGCCAGGACUUUCACACAGAGGGGGCAAAGUCUUAAGCCCCUGAUUUCCUCCAUAGCAAUUAAUCCGCCUUGCUCAGAGUUCCAGGGCCUCCAGGCGCUGCCAUGUAGCUUUGCCCUGCACUGAAAUGCCACCCAAAGAGCCUUAGGCAUUAAUUGAUGUGUUUGUUCUGCUCGGUAAUCAUUAAUUGCCCUCCGAAAUAAAGGAGUAAAUGGCAGCACGAAGAGGUCACCGGGAGCCCCUCAGAUGCAGUUCUGACUGGUCCAAAGAGGGUAAAAGAGGGUGCCGUCUGGUUGUGGAGUUUUGGAAUUAAUGUGCUUUUAGUUUAGGAAGAGGCUCAGCCCUGCUGCGGAAAGCCUCGGCUGUUCCUGAAAUCCCUCUGAACAGAUUGGAGGGACCAUCUCAGGAGCUCUGCAGGCCUUCCUAGCAUGAAACAAACCGUGAUUUGGAGUGUGCUGGAAUAUGUUUGUCGACUGCUGGGCGUCUCGACUGGAGCAGUGCUCCUUGGCGUGGGCAUCGACACCCUUCUGCACGGACAGUCGAAGAGCCUGGCCCUUUACCUCCUGGAUGGCGGUUUCUCUCUGGGAAGUGGCCUACUUUGCCAGCCUCCUCCUGAUCUCCUGCUUCGUGUGAGUUUCCUUCCUGUCCUCCCUUUGACAGGAAAAUGGUCCCCAGUCAGGUCCAGGGCCUCACGCGGGAGCCCAUGUAAAGGGACUUUCCCUAGGGCCAACUGCCGGGUCGAUCAAUAUUCGGCAUUUGAGGCAGUUCAUCUGAGUGGUCUCCCAGCCUUGAAAAUGUAUAAUAGGACGGCAUGGAGGUCAGCCCCUCUCCCUCUUUGCAGCCCCUGGAGGGGAUCCGCCAUGCACACUUGCUGGCUCCGAGCCAAACGCCGGGGAGCUUUCCAGAAGUUCCUGGCGUACGCCUUGCUCUCCAUCGCCUGCUUCCUCAGCCCUGUCCACGUCUGGCAGGUCAUGUUGCCAGGCACCCAGCUGAUCCUCACCAGUCUAGCCUAUUUCCUGCUGAGUAAGCAACAGAAAGAAGAUACAGGAAAUGGACCACCAGAACAGAGCAGUGAUCCUCAUGAUGAAGCUGUGGAUGAAAUGGCAGAAGACAGGAGUAGAGAAACAUCUUCUUUCCACCGCAAAUUUGGUUCCCUUGCUGGCCGUCUGAGGAGCUUUUUCCAAGCUUGCCAAAGGCCAAAGGCUUUCAUGGCCUCAUCAUGCCUUGUCUCUAGGAAGAAGCCAGUUGGCUUGGAGGAACAGGUGGAGGAGAUGGUGCUGCCUCUCGGAGAAGAGCCGGAGGGCUUGGCCAAGGAAAGCACAUCUGAGACGGCCUUCAUCCUUUCUCCCCAGAUGUGAUGCCCCAGGUGGCUCAAGAAUAAGCUCGUCUUUUGCAUCAGCUUGCAGAAGUCCAAGGUAGAGACAUCCUUGGCAAUGACCAACAGUCAAGAAUCCUGGCUGGUUGCUCUCUUCACCACGGGUCCCCGUCACACCACAAGGACGGUCUGUUUUUCUUCUGUGGUAUUUCAUUAUUCCAUCAUAGCAAUACAGGUAAUAGCUCUGACAGCCGCUGGAAGAGAGAAAUGGUGUGGUCUGAGCAAUGGACCCUGCUAACAUUGCUGCAGAGACUUCUGCUUGGAGAGAGGAACACACAGGUGGCGGAGGGACAUUUUUAGAAAGCAAUUCCCAUUAUACAGCUUUGUUAUAUUAAAUGUUAUCAAACAGUGUGGCUUUCUGGGAGAAAGUAAGCAUACAGAAUUGUCCUUUGUCUACGUAUGUUUAGGAACUUCCAGACUUGGGAAAGAGGAGGAGAAAUAAACGAUCAUAUCCAU